UAAUUACCUCUUUUUAAGCUCUCUGCACCCAAACAAAGAGUACAUAUCUUCAUCCUUGCAUGUAGGAGUAACACAAUGAUAAUGAUUAUGGUAAUCAUCAUAAUAAUGAUUAACCAAGCAAUGCAACAACCAAGCAGGUAAAACCUAAACAUUAUAUUUCCUUUCACCAAACAUCCAACAAGUCUUUACCUUAAAACAAACUCAUCUCUCCUACCUCUUUACUCUUAAGCUGCUACUUCAAUACUUUUCCAAAUUCCAUCAUCAAAUCAUCUUUAUUUCCAACCAUGGAAACUCCACUCUCUGAUUCCUCCUCCUCCCCCUCCACAGUCGAUUCCUCUCGGCCUUUUCCCUCUGUCAAACAGGCAGUCGCCAUCUUUGGAGAACGUGUUCUUCUUAAACAAUUCCAUUCAUCUUCACCUUCAAAACCGCCCCCUAAAUCAGAAAAUGGCACAUCAAAUAACCCAUCAGAUUCGUCUGCUUACAAACCUCCUGCACCAAGUCCUCCAACUCCAACAUGUUCGAGUACUAUUUCGACCAUAUCAUCAAACUUUCCUGUGAAGGAAACAGCAAGUGAAAUCAGAACAAGCCCUGAAACUCAAACACCAAACAAUGAUAAAAACAAUAAUAAUAAUUAUGGGAAAAUCGUACAUGGGAACGACUUAGUUAUGAUGUUGAUGGUUUUAAAGAGACUUGAAAGCGAAUUACAAGAAACAAAGAUGGAAGUGAAGUUACUGAAAGAAAGGGAAUCAGAAACUGAAGUAGCAUUGGCUUCUUUAAAUGCAGAACUUCACAGGAAUAUGUCUAAAAUUGCUAAAGUUGAGGCUGCACAAGCAUCAAAAUCAGCUGCUAAAUCAGUUACAUUGGUUGAUGAAAUACAGAGUGGAAUUAAAGAUAAUGAAGAAAGGAAGAAAUGUGAAGCGAUGGUUAAGAAUAGUAACGUUGAUUCUCCAACAUUAGCUCAAAUAUUGAGGAUUACUGACUAUGAUUCUUAUUUUGGAGACACUAAUUAUAUCAAGAAAAGUAUGAAGAAGAAACCAAUUAUUCCUUUGCUCACUGAUUUGUUUGUAUGGAGGAAGAAAUCCCCUUUAUUCCCUCAACCCUUGUUUAGAUUUUAAUGUUUUCAUUUAUUCAUUGUGUAAACUGUCAUGGAGAUUUUAUGCUUGUCAAAGUUUUUUUUCCCUUUUUUUUUAAAUAAAUGUUGAAGUGUCGUUUAUUAUCCACAUGUGAGAUGUCCGUUUGAUACACAUAGAAUCUUCUUUGGUUCAUCAUUUCGUGAUCAUCAUCAGAAUUUGUUAAAAGAUCGUCUUUUCCAUU